CUUCCAUUUUUAUUGUAUUACAUUUAAGUUACAUCCUGUUACAUCCCUCUCAUGUGAAUAUUUCACAAUUCACUGAUAUGUGAGGCUUAACUACUCUUUCACCAGAGUUUUCAUAUAGUCCUUGAUGCCCCUCCCAACCAGUGGCCUCACCCACUAGGAUGGUUUAUUUAUUAAAGACUAGGAACAGAUAAGAGUGCAGCGUUUAUACUUAUUGACAAGCAGAGCACCAACCAAGGAAAACCAACAAGUCACCAAUUCCGUCUCCGACUGGCUGGAAUCUAGGAGAGAAUUCAGACAUGGAUAAACAGCCUCCAUCAGAUCCGGACUACAAUACUGGUUACAAUCCACCUCCAGGCUACCCCAACCAGACUGGCUACCCUCAGGGCCAGCCUUGUGAAGCGUCAUAUCAGGGUCAGUCUCAGGGUCCAUACCCUGGUCAACCCAUUGUGACUGUGCAGCCUACAUUCCAUGUGGCCACCGGUCCCCUGGCUCAGCCCUUGCCUGACUACCUGGGCUUCUCCAUCUUCACCAUGCUGUGCUGCUGCUUACCACUGGGCAUUGCUGCUCUCGUCUUCUCAAUAAAAACUCGAGAUGCCAACAUGUCUGGCAACAGACCUCUGGCUGAGAGUAAUUCACGGACAGCGCGCAUCUUGAACAACACAGCGCUGGGGAUUGGAAUCGUCAUCACUAUCGUGUACAUCGUGCUAAUCGUCAUAAUCAACAUAUUAUACUAAACCACCGUACAACAUCAUCACCAUGCACCACCAUCUGCACUGGAACUAAAGCCAGUUAGAGAUGAAGGGUGUUUUUGAAGACCAUACAAAUAGUUUAUUUGUUUAUUUUGCACAUGCAUUUGUUUAUUACACAGAUAUUUAUACAUAAAUCAUUGGUUUAAAGUAACUACACAUGAUGCAGCUCUCCUUAUAGGCUUUGUAGAAAUGUAUUACUUUGUAAUUCAGAUCAAGCAGGUGAUUUGAAUGCAUCCACAAAAAGUAACGUUUCUUUCCUGUGUCCUUAUGUCAUUUCUGAAUUGAACCCAGUUGGAUCAAAAUAAAUUUCCAACAUGCAGUGACUUACAGUUCAUAUUUAGAGCUGAAGCUGAUGUCAA